AUGACGUUCAUAGCAAACAUCUUGCUUCUAGGAUUCAUUGUUAAAGAUUUAAUUCUGUACUUUCUCAACAAGCCAUAUAAAGAGAGUUUAUAUGCUUAAUUAAUAUUGAAGAGCUACAAUUAUUCUCUCUACCCACUUUCACUAUUAUUCAGUUGCUUUCAACAAUCUUCCACUUAUUAGUAUGUAGCUUUAGUCAAUAUAAUCAUAUCCCUUCUCUUAAGCAUAUUUGUAGAACUUUUAGAUUACGAUUACUGCUUCUACAUAAAUGACUUUUUAUCUAAAAAAUUUAACAAACUAUCUUUAGCUGUUUAAGUUUUGGAGUGUUUCCAAAUAGUUUUGCUGUCACAAACAAAUUAAUCUAUUUACACAAUAGGUCUAGUUGUAUCUUUUUUGAAUCAAGUACUCCAACUAAUUCUGACUUAGUACUAAAAUCUUUACUUAAGUCAAACUUCGAAGAUUAUUAUUACUUAAUUCACAUUACUGAAUAUCUCGUUAUUAUCUUAUAGCAUAUACUAUACUCAAAAUAUUAAUAGCAUUAGCAGCGACAUAGAGUAAUAGUCAAUUUUGUGGAAAGAAUAUUCUAAUCUUUCUAAAAUUGAAAGAUUCUUAAGGCUAAUUAAUUAACAAAAUUAGGUGUUUAUUUAUGAUUACGUAAAAUCUAAUUUAUCUUAAAUCAUAGAAAACGCCCUUGCAAAUCACUUAAUUAAUUGCUAUAUAGGACCAGACUGCUUUUGUAAAAAGCUGAAUUUUGAUUUGAAUUAAGAAGACAAAAUUGCAUUUAUCACAAACGAAAAGAACAGAGACUGCGUGAAACAUUUAACUUACAGCAUUUUAAAAGCGCAUACUCAAGAGUUACCGACUAAGUUAAAUGAUUUCUAGAUUAGUUAUUUUAAAUAUAUAGAAGAUGUAAUGGAAAAUUAAACGCUCUCAAUCACUUCCCUGAUAAAAGUCUAAUAAAACUGCUUUGAAAAAUAUAACUUGUUUGAAAUGCAAAUUAUUAACAGAAUGGCUGAUAAGGUUCGUAGUUAAAUAUAAUAAAAUAAUAUUAAUAAAUAGAGUUAUUCUGAGAGCUAGGUUGUUUCUAGUAAAUAAAAGAGCAUCUAACUAAUCCAAAAUAUUCUUUUUGAUGAAAAGCUUUCUUAAUCAUUUAACUUAAUACUGAACUGCUUUUAUCAAAAACGAAAGCUCUUGCAUACCCUUAACUAAGACGUUAUUAAUCUAGAUGAAUUUGAAAAGCUUAGUAAUUAGCUUUUAUAAGAAAGAUAAUAGCUUAAAAUUGUUUUGAAAUAGUUAGUUUUACAAAACAGUUCUUAGUCGUAACUUCAAAAGAUAUGCAAACUUUAUGAUCUUGUUCUUGAUAUUGACGAUUACUUUGACACUAAAAUUUCUUCUCAGAGGUAAUUUAACUGCUUAACAAGUAUUCCUCUUUACUCUAAAGAAACAUGUGUGGCUUAUAUCUCAUUUACUACUAAGCUUGGAGUAAUCAUUAAAAUUUCUAAAAAUUUUGACAAAGUAGUUCCUGUUUUACCUAAUAGAGAGGUAAUAGGCAAAAAUAUAGGUUUCAUGUAGCCUGAUGUUGUCGCUCCUCUUCAUAACACAAUUUUAAGAAAUUUCAUUUAAAAAAAAAUAGUUUCGCAAAAGGUUGCUGAUUAUCCGCUCUUAAUCGGAAAAGAUAAAAAAGGUUUUGCGAUACCUUAUGAUGUGAAACUUCAAGUUGCUAUGAUUGGACUGGAAGACUUCGGAUGUGCUGGCUGGAUUAAAUAAAUCAAAGACCAAACUCACUACAUUAUGACAAGCACAGAUAGCACUUUUAAAAAUUUUAUAAUGAGCUAUAGCUUUUAUGAUUUAAUAUUAGCAAACUGCUUUAGAUAAAGCGAAUUGGGUUCUGUAAAAUUCGGAAAUAUCAUUCCUCUUUAUCAAACUCUUUUCGAGAAUAACAUGUCUGGAGAACACUUUUAGACAAUACUCAUUAAGCCCCAAUAUAAAGAACAAAUAGACAAUCCUAUCAAAUUACAAAAGAAUCCCGAUUUGUUUCAACAAUUAAUAAAUCUUGAGCUCUAUUUAAUUUAAGCAAAGUUUAUUCAUAUAAAAACUUCCCUUGCUGAAUUUAAUUAUCUGCUUAUUUUCUAGAUUGAAUAUAUAGAUAAUUUAUUCAGUAAAAGAGAUGCUCUAAAAGAAUUUAGAAAAGAUCUUAAAAAUUAUACCUAGACAGAAGAAUUCGAUGAAGUUGAGUUUGAGAACCUUUUCUCAGAUGAUUACUAUAACUAAUCCUGCAAGUCAAGUUAUUAAAAUGAAGAUUAUUAAAACUUUGUAAAACUUCCCUUCUUUAAGAAUCAAAAAAAUGUAUACUAUGCAUCUAAGUUAUAGAAAAUCAUCAAAUAAAAUAGACUUAAAAUUAGUUAAAUGUAUAAAAACUAGACUCUUUACAGUGGAUUUUCCUAUCAAAAUUCAGCUAUAUCAAAAAAUUUUUCAUUAUUCGAUGAUAACUAAAUGACAACAAAAAUAGAUGAAAUUUAAGAAAAUGAAAUGAGUAACCUCAGCGCUUAUCAUAAAAUGAAUACUUAAAGGCAAACUUGUAAUGCACUAAUUACCAAUCGUGCAGAUUCGUAUUUUGAAGAAAAUAAAAUAAGCUAAAUAAGCAAUGUAAUGAAUACCUCCAACAACUUGAAACUCAAAAAUUGGAAUAAUUUUUUCUAUGGUAUUGAAUAGCUCAUGUUUGACAAUGAAAAAUUGGAGUAGAGAAUAGAAAAUGACAAAAAGUUAAAAACCUAAAAGUCUGUCAAUUAUAGGAGGUAGUUGUAUUUAGCAAAAGAGUUAGAAAUUAAAGAUUAAGUCAAAUAAUCAAAUAUGGUUGAAACUAAACUUGUUAAUGAUAAAGAUACAAGCAUGUCUGAAGAAAUUAGCUUUAUAUUAAAUUUGAAAAAAAAAGAGAGCAAAGGUGCAGAAGGGAGUGUCAACUAAUCAAUAGGAAAAACAAAAUCAUAAAAGCGACAGUUGGUCACUUAAAUAUAUUCUCAAAGCAAAUAGCCAAUGUCUUUUUAUAGCGGAUAUCUGUUGGAUUUCAUACUAAUUGCACUUUUAGUAGUUUCAAUUUCAAUAAGCCUGAGUAGCAACAUCAACUUUGUCUCGUAAUACUAAACAAAAGAGAAAUUAUACACAGAUUUAACUAAUAUAAAAAAUAUAAUGUACAAUAUUAUAGAAGAAAUCCAUGUUAUUGAUGGAAUUCAAAAAAAUUACUUUAAAUUGGCCAAUUAAUAGGAACAAUAAUCUUUUAUUCAAAUGCUGAGUUGGAUUAGGGAUGAUAAUAUAUAAAGAUAUAAGAACUAUCUGGAAAGUAUUUUUAAAGAUUACCUAAAUGAAUAAAGAGUAAAUGAGAUGUACCAGCUUGAAAUGGACUAUUAAACUCUCAGCUAUGUCGAAGAUAGAUUUGAUGGUUAAAUAGUUCCUAAUUCGACUAUUCUAUCUGUACUGAUCAAAACCUAAUCUUUGUUUACAUUAUUUUAUAAUUAAUCUAUAUCUUCAUAAGAUUUCAUAUAUUAAAACGAAUUAAGGUUUAAUUCUAACAAUACUUAAUCAUAACUCUCGAUAAUUCUCAACUAGCUGAGCUAAGAUCAAAGUUCAGCAAAUGAUACUCAAAAGAAAAGCAGUGUUAUUUUUAUCAUAGUCUAUUGUGUUUUCAUUUUUAUCUACAACAUUCUUUUAUUCUUUUUCUACUUUAAUAUGUUUUAGCUCAAAUAAUCCCUCUUAUCUAUUUUUGCUACGAUCGAUAUUAAAAAACUUGAAGAUAUGACUAAUAGGACAAAUACUUUUAUCAAAUACAUAUUAAAUAUUAAGAAAAAAAAUAAAAUACUUGAUAUUAAUACCUCCCAAAAAGAUGGCAUAUUUAUAUUUGCUCAUAAAGAUGAUCACAAAAAAAAUUACAAGAAAAAAAAUAUCAGUUUAACAACUUAUCAAAAAAAGCUCACAGUAUAUAAAAUAAUUUUGAUAAUCUUUUGCACCUCAUUAAUUCUAAUCAAGCCAAUAAUAGACUACUUCCUCGUAUAAAUAGAGACAAACUCAAUGAACGUAGAAGGUUAGCUUAAAAAUAAUUCUGAGAGAAUGGUUUCCAUAUUUUCUGAUUUCAGCCAAGCUAAAUUUAUAUAUACUUAUUAUUUAGAAGGAAAAAAUGAAGUGGCUUAUGAUUAUACAAAUCAAAAAUAAGAAUAGUAUCUUUUACAAUCAUAUAAUAAUAUUUAAAGUGCUAUGACAGACUUUAUGAGUGCAUAUUAGUCAUACACGAACUCAAAUUUAAUAUAGUAGCAACAAUAAAAUAUAACAUACACCAUCAGCUCUAAUAUAUGUGAUCCCUUGACAUAGUUAUCUUCUACUUUGAGCUAGUUCAAUUAGACUGACAUAACAGAAUGCUUAAAAUUAUAUCAAUCUACUGAUAAUAGUGGCUUUUAUAUUUCUUCAUAAAAAUUCUAAACAGUUCAAUUUGGAAUUAUAGAGUAUUUCAAUUCAAAUAUGCCUUCAAGUUAAUAACCAGGUUACUUGGAUACCUUCUUUUAAGAAAAUUCUGUCUAAGACCAAUUCUACUAGCUUAGAAUUUUAGAAUAGACAUCUGAAAUACUAACCUACCUCAUAAACAAUUAACAAAAAAACUUCUUUAACGCUAUGAAUAUAAUAAAUAUUAUUUUAACUAUAUUCUAAGUUCUCCUAAUAGUUAACAUAUCAUAUUUUGUAUAAAAAUAUAUAUUCAAGAAGAUUUCAAUCGAGUAUUUCUAAUCGAUGAAGUUCUUAACCCUCAUAGACUAUGAUAUUCUCAUGGAAAACCCUUACUUUAUUUCUCACUUAAGAAAAAGUAAAUGA